UCAUUUAUAAUUUCUAUUUCAAGAAAUAUAGAAAUAUGGCACCACGCGGUCCCAAUUUUACAACAGAAGAAGAUACAAUGAUAUGUAGAAUCCAUUUAGCCAUAUCUCAAGAUUCUGCUACCGGAACCGAUCAACCAGAAAGAGUAUUAUGGAGUCGGAUCAAAGAUAAGUUGGAAGAAGCCCUGCCUUGUAAACCAAAACGUACUUGGACUUCUAUCCAGAGUCGAUUUCAGGGAAUAAGUAGACAGGUUUCACUUUAUUCUGCAAAAGUGUUGGAAGUUGAUGGUGAAUAUCAUAGCGGAUGGAAUGAAGUCUUGAGGGUUGAAGAGAUAAGAAAGCGAUUCAAAGAAAGUAAUGGCCAAGAAAUGGAAGAUUCUCAGAGUGGUGAGGAAAACGCUGAUAUUGAGGAAACAAUUCCAGGCGAGUCCAGUGAUGAUCUAGAUAUUGGAGAUAUAGAGAACACACGUAAGCGUCAGUUGGGAAGAAAGCAUUGA